AUGGAUUUCUUAGACACGCGAUUUUUUAGGAUCAACAAGCUCUUCCUGUCUUUCGUAGGUCUCUGGCCGUAUCAAACGUCCUUCAUGAAAGCGCUGACUCUUUCGUUUGCUAUAUUUGGCAUCGGUAUAAUGUGUUUGCCGCAGAAGCCGAACACUGCUGAGAAUACUGCUUCACAGAAGUUUCUUUCCGUGCACACUCUCGGCUGGAAGAAUGUUCGUCAUGUCGCUAACUAUGUGCAGUUCGGCGGUUGGCCGUAUCAAUCCAAGAAGUGGAAGAUAUUGUUACCAUGUUUGAUAACUGUCUNGCANUCCACCAUCAUCGCAACUCAGGUGCUUUUGNUGCUAUACAAUUGGAACNAUUUGAGCGUAGUUGCUGAAAGUAUAGUUAUGAAUAGCAUGUUUGUGGGCGCUACUAUAAAGUUAAUUAACAUUUGUGUGAAUAACGACAAGUUUCGUUAUUUGUUGCAACGCAUGGACAAGCAUUGGCAGAUGUUUCACAGCCAAUGCGAGCUUGACAUUUUGCGACACUACGCUGAUAUCGGUAACAAAGUGACGAAAUAUUACGCAAUAUUCAUUUACAGUAUAAUUAUAGCAUUUAUGGUGAUACCGCUAACGCCGAAAAUCCUCGAUGCUGUAAUGCCGUUGAACGAAUCGCGCUCAGUUAUAUUUGUGUUCGAGGCCGAAUACGGGGGGGUUGAUAAAAUNAAGUAUUAUUAUCCUAUUUUGUUGCAUAGCUAUCUUGGUUUUUUACUCACCAUUGGGAUUAUGAUUAACGUUGAUACCUUGUACAUAGUGUUGACGUUGCAUGGUUGCAGUUUAUUCAAUGCUGUUGGCGUUNGUAUUGAAAAUAUUGCCAAUAACAUAUUUAACAAUAACGCAAAUGGAGCUGAACAUAAUUUCUUGAUAGAAAAACAUAAUCCUGCUACUUACAGUGAUUACGACGAGAUGAGAAUAUGUGUGAAGAAACAUCAACUCGCACUUGAAUAUACUUGCAUGGUAAACUCCAUGUUCACGCAUGUGAUGUUUGUCGUUCUGUUUUUGAACGUGAUGGUCAUGAGUAUGAUUGGAUUGCAAAUUCUUAACAAACUCGGACAAACGCAGGAAAUGAUAAGACACGGAGGCAUUGUUAUGGGAUCGAUCACGCAUCUUUUGUGCAUGUGUUUGCCCGGACAAAUGCUCAUCGACAAGAGCACAAGUAUAUUCGACAAAGUAUACAACUCACACUGGUACAUGUUUUCGCUGAAAACGAAAAAACUGAUGAGCAUAGUGCUUUCCCGAAGUUUCGUCUCUUGUACGCUCACUGCCGGAAAGAUGUACGUCAUGUCGAUGGCUAUGUGCAGCACAGCGGUGCAAACGGCUAUGUCGUAUUUUAUGGCGCUUUUAUCUCUGAGAUAA